AUUUUGCUGGGCAGGGGCCAGAGGUUGCUGACUCUCUGGGUUAUUUCCUCUCUGUUCUCGCUCCCUCCGUCUAAUACAUAGCUUCAAAAUAAUUGGGAAUGGUGGAUUUUUUCCCCUGGGGCAGUAUGGAGCUGCUUCUGAGUAAUCUGCUGGAGGCUUAGGUAGAGUGGGAGUGGAAUUGAUUGUGUGGGUUUUUUUCCUUCCUGCUCCAAGACCACUUCUUGGCACUGAGGAAUUUUUCUUCAGACUUCUUUGGGGAACAGAUGCAUGAAGUACAGUUACCACUCAUACAUAUGGCUUUUAAAAUAUGGAAGCUGUUGGACUGAAGUGGCUUCAUAUGGUGCUGUUGGAGAAUGAGAAUUAACAUGGAAUUUUGGGUUUCUGAGGCUUUAGUGUGUCGUUGUAAAGUUGUUUUCUUUAAUUGUUUUUUUUUAUUUUUUAAAUAAUGUUAAGUAUUAAUCUGCAUCUUUAUGGUUAUUAAUCAAAGUAACAUUUACAACUCUGAAAAUUACUCUCUGCAGCCCUUAAUGCCUAAAAUAGCAUUGUAGUUAAAUCUCGGGGAUAAAUAGGUUAUAUAAUGUACAAUUUAAAUUGCUGUUAAUCUCAAUUUGCUAACGUAGACAUCUUUUUCUUUAAUUGCAGGUUCCCAUUUUAAAAGCCAUUGGAAGACACUCUGCCACCCUCUUGGAUUACUUCCCAUACGACUCAUCAUGUCACUGUGCCCUGGAUUUUACAAGGUGGCCAUGAUUUAAUCCCCACUUCCCACUCCUAUGUAUUGGUGAAGCACUGGAGCUCUUUUGAGCUGCUGUUACUCCCGUGGGAACUGAUCAGUCUCAAAUCCCUUCUCCCAAGGACUUGACAUUGCCAGCAAUGAGCUCCCAAAGCCAUCCAGAUGGGCUUUCUGGCAGAGACCAGCCAGUGGAGCUGUUGAAUCCACCUCGAGUAAACCACAUGCCCAGCUCUGUUGACGUGAGCACAGCCCUGCCCUUGCAAGUGGCGCCGAGCUCGGUGCCCAUGGACCUGCGGCUGGACCACCAGUUCCCCAUGCCGGUGACGGAGCCCACGCUGCGCGAGCAGCAGCUGCAGCAGGAGCUGCUGGCCCUCAAGCAGAAGCAGCAGAUCCAGAGGCAGAUCCUGAUCGCAGAGUUCCAGCGGCAGCAUGAGCAGCUCUCCCGGCAGCACGAGGCGCAGCUGCACGAGCACAUCAAGCAGCAGCAGGAGAUGCUGGCCAUGAAGCAUCAGCAGGAGCUCUUGGAGCACCAGAGGAAGUUGGAGCAGCACAGACAGGAGCAGGAGCUGGAGAAGCAGCACCGAGAGCAGAAAUUGCAGCAGCUGAAGAACAAAGAGAAAGGGAAAGAGAGUGCAGUGGCAAGCACAGAAGUGAAGAUGAAAUUGCAGGAGUUUGUGUUGAACAAGAAGAAGGCUCUGGCCCACCGAAAUCUCAACCACUGCAUAUCCAGUGACCCUCGCUUCUGGUACGGGAAGACCCAGCACAGCUCUCUGGACCAGAGCUCCCCACCCCAAAGUGGCGUCUCCGGCACCUACAACCACCCAGUCCUGGGGAUGUAUGAUUCCAAAGACGACUUCCCACUCAGAAAAACAGCCUCUGAACCCAACCUGAAGCUGCGCUCCAGACUAAAGCAGAAGGUGGCCGAGAGGAGGAGCAGCCCGCUGCUGCGCAGGAAGGACGGGCCCGUGGUGACGGCGCUCAAGAAGCGCCCGCUGGACGUCACAGGCACGGCGGACUCUGCAUGCAACAGUGCUCCUGGAUCUGGUCCCAGCUCUCCGAACAACAGCUCCAACAACAUCAGCACCGAGAACGGAAUUGCAGGAUCAGUCACGAGUAUCCAGGCAGAGACCAGCCUGGCUCACAGGCUCGUGAACCGCGAGGGCUCUGUGACACAGCUCCCGCUCUACACCUCGCCCUCCCUGCCCAACAUCACGCUAGGACUGCCUGCCACCGGCCCUUCCAGUGCGGGACAAGCGCAGCAGGAUGCAGAGAGGCUGGCAAUCCCAACCUUACAGCAGCGGAUCUCCUUAUUCCCUGGCACUCACCUCACUCCUUACCUGAGCACUACAACGUUGGAGAGGGAUGGGGGAACUGCACACAACCCUCUCCUGCAGCACAUGGUCCUACUGGAACAGCCAACUGCACAAACGCCCCUGGUCACAGGACUGCCCCUGCACGCACAGCCCCUGGUGGGUGGAGAGAGGGUCUCCCCUUCGAUCCACAAGCUGCGGCAGCACCGCCCGCUCGGGCGCACCCAGUCUGCUCCCCUGCCCCAGAACGCCCAGGCCCUCCAGCAGCUGGUGAUCCAGCAGCAGCACCAGCAGUUCCUGGAGAAACACAAACAGCAAUUCCAGCAGCAGCAGCUGCACAUUAACAAGAUCAUCUCCAAGCCCACGGAGCCGGCGCGGCAGCACGAGAGCCACCCCGAGGAGACGGAGGAGGAGCUGCGGGAGCACCAGGCGCUGCUGGAGGAGCCCUACGGCGAGCGGGGCCAGAAGGAGCCCCCGGCACUGGCCAGCGUGGUGCAGGUCAAGCAGGAGCCCAUUGAGAGCGACGAGGAGGAGGCAGAGCCGCAGCAGGAGCUGGAGUCCGGGCAGAGGCAGGCGGAGCAGGAGCUGCUCUUCCGCCAGCAAGCCCUGCUCCUGGAGCAGCAGAGGAUUCACCAGCUGAGGAACUACCAGGCGUCGCUGGAGGCGGCUGGCAUGCCCGUGUCCUUCGGGGGACACCGGCCCCUGUCCCGGGCACAGUCCUCCCCUGCCUCGGCCACCUUCCCCAUGUCUGUGCAGGAGCCACCCACUAAGCCAAGGUUCACAACAGGCCUUGUGUACGACACAUUGAUGCUGAAGCACCAGUGCACCUGUGGAAACACCAACAGCCACCCCGAGCAUGCAGGCAGGAUCCAGAGCAUCUGGUCCAGGCUCCAGGAGACAGGGCUACGGGGCAAGUGUGAGUGCAUCCGUGGCAGGAAGGCGACGCUGGAGGAGCUGCAGACGGUUCACUCGGAAGCCCACACGCUGCUCUACGGCACAAACCCUCUGAACAGGCAGAAACUGGACAGCAAAAAGCUUCUAGGUUCUCUAACGUCGAUGUUUGUCAGGCUGCCUUGCGGUGGUGUCGGGGUUGACAGUGACACCAUUUGGAACGAGGUGCACUCGUCAGGCGCCGCUCGCCUGGCCGUGGGCUGUGUCAUCGAGCUGGUGUUCAAAGUGGCCACAGGAGAACUGAAGAACGGAUUUGCUGUUGUCCGGCCCCCGGGUCACCAUGCAGAGGAGAGCACACCCAUGGGUUUCUGCUAUUUUAACUCCGUGGCAAUCGCAGCCAAGCUGCUCCAGCAAAGGCUCAACGUGAGCAAAAUCCUCAUCGUGGACUGGGAUGUCCACCAUGGGAAUGGUACUCAGCAGGCCUUCUACAACGAUCCCAAUGUCCUUUAUAUCUCACUACAUCGCUACGAUGACGGCAACUUCUUCCCAGGCAGCGGCGCUCCAGACGAGGUUGGCACAGGAGCAGGAGUUGGUUUCAAUGUUAACAUGGCAUUUACUGGUGGCCUGGAUCCGCCCAUGGGAGACACAGAAUAUUUAACUGCCUUCAGGACAGUAGUGAUGCCCAUUGCCAACGAGUUUGCCCCAGACGUUGUUCUGGUGUCAUCUGGUUUCGAUGCUGUGGAAGGGCACCCCACACCCCUUGGAGGAUAUAAUCUGUCAGCAAAAUGCUUCGGGUACCUGACGAAGCAGCUGAUGGGGCUGGCUGGGGGCCGCGUCGUGCUGGCCCUCGAGGGUGGCCACGACCUCACCGCCAUCUGCGACGCCUCGGAGGCUUGUGUGUCUGCCCUGCUGGGAAACGAGCUUGACCCUCUUCCAGAGAAGGUUUUCCAGCAGAGAGCAAAUGCUAACGCGGUGCAUUCCAUGGAGAAAGUCAUCGAGAUCCACAGCAAGUACUGGCAUUCCCUGCAGCGUUUUGCCUCCACGGUGGGAUAUUCCCUGGUGGAGGCCCAGAAGUGUGAGAACGAGGAGGCGGAGACAGUGACGGCCAUGGCAUCGCUGUCAGUGGGCGUGAAGCCGGCGGAGAAGAGACCUGAGGACGAGCCCAUGGAAGAGGAGCCUCCUCUGUAGCACCCACCAUUCGAGCUGGAGUUCUCCUGUCCGUUCGUCUUCGUCUUGAAGCUCUGCCAAGAAGCUUUCUCUUGUUACUCCUGCGUCCUGUCACGGUUAUUUCCCGAAUGCGGAAGGACAGCCAGGUGUAAAAGCAAAGCAAGCGACACAAAAAAAACCGAAUCUCUCUGCAUCUUUGAGUCUCUUUUUGCCGAAAAAAACCACACUGGUGAAGAGCAGCAAAGGACUGACACCUUGGGCACUCUUCCUCUGGUCCUCACCGGGAGAAGAAAGAGGAACGAUGCCCAGGAAGUCUUUGGCAGAGUUGCCAAACAAAAAAAAAAAAAACAAAAACAAAAACAAAACACGAGAAUAACAGAGAAAUCAAAGAUUCAACAACACAAAUCAAACAAACCUUAACGUAAAACUGGUGCUUACAAAGUUGAUUACCCACAACUGAGCAAUCUCCGCUUGAACCACUCAACCCAUCGUGUACUUUCUUUUCUUGGAUAUUUGGAAAUGGCUCUUGCCUGCCUGUGAGUCAACGACAGCUCUUGUCGGAACGGGGACAAGACUGGGAGAUGAUGGUGAAUUUUUAAUGGGGAGGGACAGGGAACGAGGGACUCAUCUGACACCUAAAGGAAAGGGAAGCAGAAGGGGGGGGAAUGGUAGCCCAGAUGGAGUCGGCUUUAUUGUCUCCAAAGCCAUCUGAAGAUGAGUUUGUGCCUUUUUUUUUAAUUGAUGGAUUUGGUGCAGCUGGAUUUUCUGAAGUUUGAGGAACAAUGCCUUAAGUAAAAAUUAAUUAAAAAAAAAAAAAAAGAAAAAAAAAAAGAAAAAAAACCCACACAAAGAAUACAGCAGUUCCUGAAUAUUUUUCCUCUGGUUGGGAAAGCCAAGGACUGCCAUCAGGAAGGAAGACUUUUUGGCUUGUGCUGGCAUGAUGGUGGGAAGCAGGCAUCAGCUGAACAGAGCGUCUCCAAAAACUGUCGACAAGUUUGAAUUUGUUUUGUUUUCUUUCAUUGAUGUUUCAGAGAAAAAAAAAAAGGAAAAAAGAAAAAGAAAAAAAAAAGGAACAAAAUUAAGGUAGUUGCCAAGAAAGUGGCAAAUACUGUUGGGUCUUUGAAAUUCAACCAUUUUUAACAACCAAUUUUCAAAUGUUUUCUCUCUCUUCUACAUUAUCUAGUAAUUGAACUUACCAAUUUGGUUGUUGAAGCAUGUAUUAGACACAAAUGCAGGUUUUAAGACUGGAAUGCUUUUUAUUAAAAGCAACUAGCAUGAGAUAUUGCUUAAAUUGUUAGGUAUAAAUAUAUAUAUGUGUAUAAUGUAUAUUCCAAAUGUAUUCCAAGCUUAGAAACCGGAUUCCUAUGAAUUAUUGAGAAAAAUAUUUAUGAUGCAUUUAUAGAAAAAAGAAAAAAAAUAUAUGUAAUAAAUGCAUACUCUAACAGUAGCCAUUGGAAGUUCCCUAGGGUCAGAUUUGGGAAUUGUAACAAGGUCAAAGGUGCUUUUGGAAAAGGAUCCAGGUUGAAACUUGAGGACUUUUCAGGUGUCAGGUUGGGAAGUUUUUCAGAAAGCCAACACUUUAGCCACUGGGCAACUACCCUAAACAUUUGUAUUUUAAUUUAAGGUUUUUAGUUGUGAUCCUUUUCUAACAAAAACAAGAAAAAAAAAGAGUUUUUUAUAGCAAAGACGCUGAAUUUGCUGUUAAUUUUUAUAUGGAUAUUUCCCGAAACCCUCCGGAAGCCUUGUUUGUGUGACUCUGAUAUUUCUUUUUCCAUUUGGCAGGUUGCCUUUCCGAACGGCAAUAGCA